GCAUACAUCUAACCUCCAGAAGUUCGAAUAUUUCAAUUUGAAUCUCUCUCUCUCUCUCUCUCGCACGGCACCGUUUCUUGGCAAUACUAGGGUUUCUCUGCUACUUCAAAAUCGAAUCCUUAUCCUCUUCCUGCAUCGUCAAAACCCUAUCUAGUAGAGCUGUUCAGUCAAUUAAUCAAUCUAGGCUAGUAUAAUUUUAGGGUAUUUGUAGUUAGGGUUAGGUAGAAUUAAAAAAACGAGGUUCGGUUUUUUUUGCAGGUUUUUGUUUGAUAGGUCAAAACGAUGUCAAUGGAUUAUGAUUAUCCACUUCAAGAAAGGCAAUAUGAAGAUAACGUAAUUUCCUUUGAUGGCCGUGACGAAGACAAUCGACAACAGCAGCGGCAAGAAGAAGGUUAUUAUGAAGAAGAAGAAGAACAGCAACAACAGGAAGGAGAAAUAGGCAGUGGAGGGAUUGAGAGAAAUCAGUCAAUGAAUCAUCACUAUCAUCACCACAAUCGUGACUCUUCAUCUGCAGGAAAACUCUUUGUUGGUGGUGUCUCCUGGGAAACUACUGAAGAAACAUUCACCAAUUACUUUAGUAAGUAUGGAGAAGUCAUGGACUCUGUAAUAAUGACGGAUAGACAUUCUGGAAGGCCACGAGGGUUUGGCUUUGUAACAUUUGCUGACCCUGCAGUUGGUGAUAGGGUUUUGGAGGAAGACCAUGUUAUAGAUGGAAGAGCGGUGGAGGUGAAGAGGACAGUUCCAAGGGAAGAUAUAGAGUUUAAAGGAAUAACAAGAACAAAAAAAAUUUUUGUGGGUGGAAUACCACCAUCUUUGACUGAAGAUGAAUUAAAGGAAUACUUCUCUGUUUAUGGUAGCAUUGUUGACCACCAGAUUAUGCUAGAUCAUAAGACUGGAAGGUCUAGGGGAUUUGGGUUUGUCACGUUUGACAUUGAAGAUGCUGUAGAACAAAUCUUUUCAGAGGGCAGAACACAUGAGCUUGGUGGUAAACAGGUGGAAAUAAAGAAGGCUGAACCAAAGAGAACUGGUGGUGAUCAUGGCAAUGCAACAAAGUCUUAUGCUGGAUUCAGAAAUGUUGCUGGUGGUUUUGGUGCUGGCAAUAGUUCAGCAGGUCGUUAUGGUCAAAAAAUGGGCAGAGAAUAUGGUGGGUACAGUGGCUAUGAUAGUUAUAGUGGUUAUGGCAGUUAUGGGGGAAGCUAUCCUCCUGGAAGCACUGCUGGUUUUUAUGGUGGUUAUGGAGCAUAUGGUUAUGGAUUUGGAUUUGGUGGGCCAAUGAUGUAUGGAGCUGGUGCAUAUGGAGGAAGUGGUUAUGGUACUCCAAGUGCUUACAACAAUGCUGCUGAGUAUGGUGGUGGUAAAGGAUAUGGGAGAACUGGUGAUGGUGAUGGUUUUGGUAGUGGUAAAAGAUAUGGUAAUGGUGAUGCUGUUAGUGGUGUCUAUGGCAGUAAUAAGGUGUAUGGAGGCAGUGCAAAUGGUGGUGCUGCUGUUACUGGAAGGUUUCAUCCCUACCGGAAAUAGAGAGAUUUUCCAACAAGAAAAUGGUAUGAUUCAUGGCAAUUUGAUAUGAGAGAUGUCAUCUACAUUCUUAGUAAGAGUAGCUGUUCUCAGAAAACUGAUGGAUAUUCUGUUGUUGCAAUCUCCUUUUUGCUAUUUAUACAAGGAGGCUGAAAUGGUUAUAGAAUGUUUCUUGUAAUUGUGAAAACACAAAUUCUAAUUUAUGGUAUUGGCCAGGUUGGAUUUUGCAGUAA